CAAGUCUCAGAGAAUCAGUCUGAGCCCUGAGCAGACCCAGGCUCUGGGUAUCACCCCGACCCCUCAGCCGAUCACUCUCACCCCUGAGCAGGUCCAGGCACUGGAUAUCACCCCGACCCCUCAGCCGAUCACUCUCACCCCUGAGCAGUCCCGGGCCCUGAUGCUUACUCUCACUGAUGAGCAGGUCAGUCUGAACCCUCAACAGGCCGAGUUCCUAGGUAUUACCCCGACCCCUCAGCUGACCACUCUCAGUCCUGAGCAGACCCAGGCUCUGGGGAUCACUCCUACCCCACAGCCAAUCACUCUCAGCCCUGAGCAGGUCCAGGCACUGGGGAUCACUCCGACCCCUCAGCCGAUCACUCUCAGCCCUGAGCAGGCCCAGGCCCUGGGUAUCAUUCCAACCCCAGAGCCGAUCACUCUCAGCCCUGAGCAGACCCAGGCUCUGGGGAUCACUCCGACCCCUCAGCCGAUCACUCUCAGCCCUGAGCAGGUCCAGGCCCUGGGUAUCACUCCGACCCAUGAGCCGAUCAUUCUCACCCCUGAGCAGGCCCAGGCCCUGAGGGUUUCUCUCACUCCCCAACAACAGGAGAUCAGUUUUAGUCCACAGCAGGCCCAAGCUCUGGGGCUCACUCUCACCCCUCAGCAGGCUCAGGUACAAAAGAUUUAUCUCACCCCUCAGCAGGCCCAGGGUCUGGGACUCACUCUCAGCCCCCAACAGGCCAAGACACUGAAGAUCAGCCUGACCCCUGACCAGGCCCACUCCCUAGGGAUCACUCUCACAAUUGAGCAGACCAAGGCACAGAGGAUCAAUCUGACCCCUCAGCAGGCCGAGGACCUAGGGAUCACUCUCACCCCUGAGCAAGCCCAGGACCUAGGGGUUUCUCUCACUCCCCAACAACAGGAGAUCAGUUUUAGUCCACAGCAGGCCCAAGCUCUGGGGCUCACUCUCACCCCUCAGCAGGCUCAGGUACAAAAGAUUUAUCUCACCCCUCAGCAGGCCCAGGGUCUGGGACUCACUCUCAGCCCCCAGCAGGCCAAGGCACUGAAGAUCAGCCUGACCCCUGACCAGGCCCACUCCCUAGGGAUCACUCUCACAGUUGACCAGGCCAAGGCACAGAGGAUCAAUCUGACCCCUCAGCAGGCCGAGGACCUGGGGAUCACUCUCACCCCUGAGCAGGCCCAGGCCCUGGGAAUAGCUUUCACCCCUAAGCAGGCUGAAGCCUUGGAAAUCAUCCCCAGCCCCAUCCACACCCCUGAGCCUGACAAGGAAAGAAGUUUAAGUCUGACCCCUGAGCAGGUUCAGGCCUUAGGGAUCAGUUUCCCCCCUAAGGAGACCCAGUCAUUGGGGAUUUACCUCACCUCUAAGCAGGCCCUGAACCGGGGAAUCACUCUCACUGCUAGUCAAGCCAAGGUAAAGAAGAUUAGUCUGACCCCUGAGCAGGCCCAGGCCCUAGGGAUCACUUUCACCCUUAAGCAGGCCAAGGCACAGAGGAUCAGUCUGACCCCUGAGCAGGCCCAGGCUCUGGGAGUCAUUCUCACUCCUGAACAGGUCCAGGCCCACAGAAUCAUUCUGACCCCUGAGCAGGCCCAGGCCCUGGGGAUCACUCUCACCCCUCAACAGGCCCAGGUUCUGGGAAUCCCAUUCACCCCUGAGCAGGCCCAGGCACAAUAUAUUCUUCCUCCUAAGAAAUUCCAGGAGUUGGAUGCUCCACUAACCUAUAAACAAGCAGAAGUACUAAGGAGCCAUCUUUUUAAGAAGCAACUUGAAGACCAGAGAAGCCAAAGACAUAUCUCUAAGUCCAUCCAAAUGCCAAAGCCGACUGUCGCCUCUAAACAGACCCAGACAAUUGAAAUCUCACUAACUACCCAACUGUCCCAGGAAUCUGGAGCUCCACUUUCAAAGAGAAAGGAGACAGAAUUGGAAAUCUUUCCCCUCACUACCCAGUUGAAGGCAGUGGAAGCUCCACUUUCAAAGAGAAAGGAGACAGAAUUGGGAAUCUUUCCCCGAACCCCCAAGCAGACCCAGGCAGUUGGAGGUCUACGUUCAAAGAGAAAGGAGACAGAAUUGGGAAUCUUUCCCCGAACCCCCAAGCAGACCCAGGCAUUUGAGCUUGUCAAGGCAAAGCAGCGUUCCGUCACAUGGAGGCAGGCCCCGCCACUGCAGGACCAACUUGCUCCAGAGCUCACACAAACACUGGUGUUUGCCAUCGCUCUCAAGAAAGCCCAGAACUUGGGUGUCACUUUUACUUCCGAACAAACUCAGGCAGCAGCUGUCACCCUCACCUCUGAGCAGGUGGCAGCACUGGAAGAUGCUCUCACUGAAGAACUGGCUUGGAGAUGGGAGAUUUUAGUCGCACCAGAAAAGAUUCAAGAGGCUAAGCAACUACAAGCCCUGGGGAUGGCUGCUGCUCAGCCAGCUCAGGCAUUUCAUGUUCCUUUUCCCUUGGAGAAGCCCACCACGUUGGUUCCUCCCACUGACAGACCAUCUCAAAGAUGGAAGGAUUCUUACCCUGCUUCUAUCCCACUGCAGGCAUCAAAGCCUUCUCUUACUCAAGCCCCACUCACUCCUACAACAAGCCUAGGAGUGGGUAUCCUUCCAGACUCUGAGAAGCCAUGGAUGUCUCCGACCUACAGACAGACUCUCACAGACAGGGGCCAAGGCAUCCCUGCUCAGCCCCCAGCACCAGAAAUCCCUCUUUCCCUCAGACAGCUCCUAGCACCUGAGGCUCCUCCCAUUCCAGAGCCACCCCUUGGUCCUAGGCAUUUCUUCAAUCAUAGAGACACUUGGCCCCCUCUAAUAUCAGAUUCUGCCUUCCCCCCCAGAACACCUCCAGCAUCUAGAGAGGUGCCGGGACUUGUUUCAGGUGGCUCUGCUGCCUACAAGGAGCUCCUGAUUUCCAGAACCUCCCCCUUCCAGCCUCCUGCCAUCCAUGAGCAAGCUCCCUUCUCUACCCCUGAACAGCAGGGCCCAUUGCGAAUCAUUCCGGAGCAAGGCUUCAUACCAACAAUCUCUCCCAUCCCAUUGCAUCCCUCCACAGCAGAGACCCUACCAACCCCUGGAAGACCACAGAGAAUUGCUCAGAGAAGUUCAGAAGCCAAACCUUUAAAACCUAAAUCAGCAAGAGCUCUCCCAGGUAUGACUAUGGGCUUUGAGGCCCCUCAUGCUCCUUUUCCUAUUGAGAAGACCCAAAUACCUAGGAUUUCUGACACUUCAGGACAAACUCAAGUACUCCAAGAUUCUUUUGGGAUGCAACCAUUUGGAAUAUUUCAGCCUUAUGUCACCAGCUCCAGGACCCCGCGGUCACAAUCCCCUCUCAUUGGUGAGAAAGCUCUUUCCAGAGAGAAGCCCGGAAUACCACUACCAUCUCUUACCACUCAACUCCCCCAAACACCACAGAUUUCAACUUCUGAGAAGGGCCAGAAACCAUGGCUCCCCCCGAUAGACAAGUCCUGGACACCAACCCCCAUUUCUGAUACCAGAGAAGCCAAGAUGAUGGUGUCCCCCCUCUCCACUGAUGAGCACCCUGAAGAUAGAUAUGUCGUUGAUGUGGAGGCCCAGAGGAAGAAUCUAGUCACAUUAAAUCAAGCAGCACAAACUUCUGGACUCCCUGCACAGUAUCUCACAGUUGCCAAGAAUCUCAUAAUCGAAUUACUUCAUAUAGAUACAGUUCGGCUGGGGUAUCUGUCCCGAAAGUAUGUUGCCUAUCGGCUGAUCCAGCUUGCCAGAAACCACCUAAGCAAACGAGUAAAAGCCAUCCAAAAUACUGGAAAAGGGUAUGAGAUUCAGAACCUGUAUAUCAUGCUGGAUAGAAUUGAGCAGUACCAGAAGAGGGUGAUGCAGGGCUGGACGGACAAGCAGAAGCAGCUGGAACAGAGACGAAAGCAGUGCCUGCGAUCGAUGACACAGUUCUUCAGCCAGCUUGAAAGGGGAUUUAAACUCACCCUCAGCCAGCCCACGCCCUCCAUGCCCAGCUUUAAGAAGAUACCGGAAUUUACCAAACUCCAGCGGCCAGUCUUGGAGUUAUUAAUUGAUGACAGCAAAAGAUCUGACCUCUUCAAAACACUCGGACAAGCUUCGGUGGAGGCUGUGUGGAACGCCGACCUGUCUACAUCAAGCUACCCAAUAGUAGAGAAGGCACCGAUGAGCACACUCUGGGCCCAGUUGGGCGGGUACCCAGACAUUCCCAAGCUGCUGCAGUUAGACAUUCAGUCGACCUUCAGAAAAUCUCUUACUUUCCUCCAGUCACAGUCUAAGAAGAUUCACAAGUGACCACAAAACUAAAGACAAGCAUGUAGAAAGCAAAUUCCAAUGUUUCAGUAAAAUGCCUUUUUAUUUUUUUGUCUUUCAUGGAUAUAAAUUUAUAAAUUGCUA